AGGUCACGCGCCCUCGUGACCAGCAAUCACAUGUUCUUGCGGCUGCCCUUGGUUGGGACAGGUAUUUGCACAUCCGCAACGAAAUGAAAAUCAAAGUACUGCAGCAUGAUCCCGCCGUCCAUCUCCCCCAGCGACCAGGGGACCCUACACCAGUGUCCAGAAAUCUCGAUCCCCUCAUGCACCCUUUCUCCCGUGCACGGGAGCGUACUCGUGCGCUCAAUGCUGCCAAGAUGGAUAGAAUGUUUGCCAAACCAUUCGUUGCCAGUCUCGAAGGUCAUGUCGAUGCAGUGGAAGUCAUGGCCAAGCAACCGGGGAGCUUGACGACUGUGGCGAGUGGCAGUUGGGAUGGAGGACUCAUUGUGCAUCAUCUGGCCAGACGAACACAACUCUUUCAUGCUGCUCAGGCUCACAAAGGGAAAGUUUCCGGGGUCUGCUUCUCAAGAGAAGAUCGUCUUUUCAGUUGCGGGGUGGAUCGGACAGUUAAGGCAUGGAAUACCGAAUCAACGGACCCCGAUGCCCUGUCUGUUUACAAUGGGAAAACACCCUUCAAUUCUAUUGAUCACCACAAUUCUGAUCCACUGUUUGCCACCGCCUCAAAUAUUGUACAGAUAUGGGAUGAAACCAAGACCUCUGCCAUCUCCAACCUCUCUUUCCCAACGUCAGCCGAAACCAUCAAGGCUGUGCGCUUCAAUCUCAGCGAAACCUCUGUGCUCGCCAGCGUUGGAACCGAUCGGACAUUCACCUUGUAUGACAUUCGAACGGGAAAAGCGGAGAGGAGAGUUAUCAUGCAGAUGAGCAGCAAUGACCUCUCUUGGUCACCUACCUUUCCAACGACCGUGCUUCUUGCAUCGGAAGAUCACAACCUCUACACGUUCGACAUCCGCAACCUCACCAAUCCAUCGCAGAUAUACAAAGGGCAUGUCGCAGCUGUGAUGUCCUGUGACUGGGCGCCGACGGGGCUGGAGUUUGUUAGCGGUGGAUGGGACCGGACAUUGCGGAUAUGGAAAGAGGGACGAGGGCACAAUCCGGAGGUGUAUCACACCAAGCGGAUGCAGCGCGUCUCCUCCGCCCUGUUCACCUCCGAUGCACGCUUCGUGCUAUCUGGGUCCGACGACGGGAACGUGCGAAUAUGGAAAGCGAAGGCCUCUGAACGGCUUGGCAUUGUCACCGGCCGUGAGCGUGCGGCCAUUGAGUAUCGCGAAAGUCUCAAAGAGCGGUGGAAGGCGGAUCAGCAAGUGGGCAAGGUCUCUCGGUUCGUCCCCCACGACUUUGAUUCCUGCCCUUCAUCUGACAUGAAACAGCCAGCGACACAUGCCCAAGGCAGUCUACCAGGCAAACAAACUCAAGCGCACCAUGUUGGAUGCUCAACGGGUCAAGGAAGAGAGGAGACGAAAACACACACGGGCUGGAGAAGACAAGCCCAAGGCCGAGCGCCGAAAAGUUGUCGUUACCGAGCAGACGUAGCACACACGACCGACUUUUGUAUACACUACCCUGGGCAGCACAUCCCUUUUCGGAUGCGAGGCGUUUCUGUGGCCGUGUUUGUCCUGCUGAUCCGCCGGCACCGGCUUCACACUUCCCCGCAUUUCGACAACGACUUGAGACCGGACAUGUUAAUGGCGAAGCUCACUGUACCUCCUACUUCGGAAGAAAUCGUCGUGUCCAUUCCUCAAGAACAUGUGCUUCUCAUUACGUUCAACCGCCCGCGUUCUCUGAAUGCAAUGACCCCGCAAAUGAGCGAAGAUGUGGCCCGUGUGAUGGCCUGGUUUGAAGACGAGGCCAGUCUUUGGGUCGUUGUCAUCACUGGGGCCGGUCGAUUGUUCUGUGCUGGAGCAGAUCUCAAAGCAUGGAACAAAAACGAACAAUCCGGCAAGCCUCAACACCCCGACACCAUCGUCUCUCAGCUGAACGGGUUUGGGUCAAUCUCACGCCGUGAAUCGAAGAAACCGUUCAUUGCCGCUGUGAACGGCGGUGCGUAUGGCGGAGGGACCGAGAUGGUGCUCAAUUGCGAUCUCGUGGUUGCCUCCAACGACGCCAAGUUCGGUCUACCUGAAGUCAAGCGCGGUGUCGUCGCAAUUCAGGGAGGUAUUCCACGUUUGGUUCGGCUCGCAGGACAGCAGCUCGCCUCCGAAAUGCUCCUUCUCGGCAGUACGAUCUCUGCUGAGGAUGCAAGAAACAGAUUCGGCUUCGUCAACGUCGUCGUUCCCCCAUCCGACGUUCUGCCAACUGCUCUUCAGCUAGCAGAACAGAUUGUGAACAAUUCGCCGGACGGAGUUCAGAGCACAAAGAGGGCGAUGCUAUUGACUACCAAGCAUGAUAACGAAGGGACAGUCGCAGCUCAUGUCCGAAGCGCCGAGUCGUUGGAUCAGCUAUAUGGAGACAACAUCAAGGAAGGUUUGAAAGCGUUCGGGGAGAAACGGACGCCGAAAUGGAAUAACCCAGGAAUCAGAACAAAACUAUGA